UUUCUGUCAGCUGACAUGCCAUGCCUUUUCUCCUUCAUGCAGCUUAGGAAUCUAGUCUGGGCAACAUCAAAGCAUGAUGUUUACCUUAUGUCACACUAUUAUGUUAUACAUUGGUCUGCUUUGACCUGUGAGAAAACUAAAGUUCUGGACGUUUCAGGGCAUGUGGCACCAUGUGAGAAACAUCCAGGUAGUCUAUUGGAAGGAUUUUCACAGACACAAGUCAGUACACUGGCAGUUAAGGAUAAGUUGCUUGUCGCUGGUGGAUUUCAGGGAGAACUUAUAUGCAAGUAUUUGGAUCGACCUGGAAUUAGCUUUUGUUGCCGGACAACUUAUGAUGACAAUGCAAUUACUAAUGCGGUGGAAAUUUACAACAGCUCCAGUGGGGCUCUGCACUUUAUGGCAUCAAAUAAUGAUUGCGGAGUCAGAGACUUUGAUGUGGAAAAGUUUCAGAUAUCUAAGCAUUUUCGGUACCAAUGGCCAGUGAAUGUAAGACAUCAGUUUUCAGUUACAUGUUCUUUAUGCUUUUAUAAGGCUGAAUUUUUACGUAAUCCAUGUCCUGGUCUUGCAAAUGCUUAUUACUAAAAAAUAGUAAUACCACUAACAAUAUGAGGGGUUAAUUGCGUAUAUACCCCCUGUAUUAUGGGCAUGUGCCACUUAUUAUCCUUGAAUUUCAAAAUAGGC